AUGACGGACUUGGAUCAUCAGGAUCAGGAUAUUUUUGACCAGUUUGUGAAUGUAACUGGGAUUGCCAAUUCGGAUGAUGAGGCAAAGGAUAAAGUGCGUCGUUUAUUGACUAUACAUGAUUAUAACUUGAAUAAUGCAGUUUCAACAUAUUUCGACACUGGCUUCAGCAGUGUUGAAGCAGCAUCGUCCUCGGCGGCAUCAUCAUCAUCGUCACCACCAUCACCACCAUCAUUAUCAUCUCAUGCCACAAGCACGGCGGUAGAUUACAGGGAGGUUGAAAAUGACUCCAUCGAACAAUUGACACAUAGAUCUGUUUCGAGAUCUUCUACGCGCGAGAUGGUUAAUUUGCAAAAUCAAAUGAUGAUGACUUCGCUUAUACCACGAUUGCCCAAGGCACCACAGAUAUCCACACGCUGGCAAUUGGAUGUGGGGAUUCAUAGCUCUUUUAUACGUGACAGAGAGAAAAGCAUGUUGGCGGAGAAGGAGAAGGAAAAGGAGAAGGAAAAGGGGAAGGGGAAGGAAAUAAGGGAAGUUCGAAACUCGAGUAUAUUGAGCACUUUGUGUUUCAUCUUAUUGCUAAUACCCAAAAACGUGCUUCUGAUGCUCAUUACAUCUAUAAAGUUUUUCUUUGGAUUUGGUGGAUACGAUAUCAACAACAACAACAGCAACAGCAUUUUUAGAUCGAGUGCCCAGUUUAAUUAUGAAAACUUUGAUCCAGACUACAGCUACAUAAGGAAUAACAAUGAGUGGGAGAAAUAUGCAUUGCACGAAUCAGGAUUCAAUGAAGUACACUCGGUGUGUCAAGCGGAGUAUGACUGGUUGUUGGUGAUGUUGGUGAAUGAUUCACAAGAGUGUGAACAGUUUGUACAGUGUUUGUUAGGUGAUGGCGCUUUUAACAGACUUUUCAAUAAGGACCACGGUGUUUACAAGGAGACCAAACUAUUCAUUGGUAAUCCUGUUCAUUCUCCGGAAGCGUUUGAAAUUGCCAAAACUUAUAAAGUUCGGAAACUCCCCUAUGUGAUGUUGAUAGCGCAGGUAUCGCCGAGUCACGAUAUAAUGCCAUCAAUGUCUAUAGUUUACAAGUUGAAUAUAUCGAAACAAUUUAUCAAAGAAGAGGAGGAGUUAAAUACAACGGUUUCCAAAAUGACAAAACAUUUGAGCAAGUUGUGUGACAAAUUCAAUCCACAAUUGGUUUCUGCGAGAUUUGAUAAACAGGAAAUGGAUUUGAGCAGGAUGAUUAGACAACAGCAGGAUGACGCCUACCUGCAAUCAUUGGUUCAAGACCAAUUAAAGAAACGGCAACGGGAAAACGAGUUGAAAGCUCAGCAAGAGGCCGAGAAUUUGAAGAGUAUUAGACGUUGGUUACUACUUGACUUGUUCAAGUCAGGGUUUUUACAGAAAGUGGGUAACGAAGAAGAAGAGAACAAAUUACGGGUGGCUAUUAAGUUACCCGAUGGAAGACGUCUAGUUGAACUGUUCAAGAAAUCAAUAACCACUUUAGACUUUUACAUUUUUAUUGAACUAAAAAUGUUUGUAGAGGAGUUGAAAGUAGGGGAUACGUUGCCAGAGGAGGAGGAGGAGGAGGAGGAGGAGGAGGAGAAAAAAGAGGAUAAUAUUCCCAAAGAGAUGAAAGAGAGAUUUGCCAAUGUUCAUGAUUACUAUAUGCAAUGUGAUUUCAAUUUUGAGAUCCUACAACCUUAUCCAAGGAAGUUGAUUGAAAAAGAUGCUGGUUUGACUAUUGGAGAAGCGUCAGAUUUCUUUAAAGGAGCAAAUUUUUUGGUAGAAUAUAAGUAA